AACAUGCUACUUCCGGUAAAGUAUUUAUAAAAGUUUAGGACCUGUGUUCCAGAAAAGUCCUGUAUAUUCGAGUCUAUUUGUUACAAAUAAACUAAAUCUGGGCCUAAAUAAAACUCCAGUUGUCUACGUAAAAAAACAUAAACAUAAUAAAUCCUAUCUAAGAUGGCUAAAUGGGGAGAAGGCGAUCCUAGAUGGAUUGUAGAAGACCGUCCUGACGCCACAAAUGUUAAUAACUGGCACUGGGUUGAAAAGAAUGCAACUAAUUGGUCUAAAGAUCGUAUAAAAGAACUACUUCUGGGCUUAAAGGUUGAAACUGAAAAAGGAACCUGUGAAAUAAAAGAAAUAUCACAUAUCGAAGGAGAGGCUAGUGCUAAUAACCGAAAAGCUAAAUUAAUAUUUUUUUAUGAGUUCGAAAUUAAAGGAGAAUGGUCAGGUAUGUUGAAGGAUGACAUAAAGUCGUAUAAAGGAAAGUUUGUCAUACCAAAUCUUAGUGAGGAGAACGAACCCAGUGAUAUUGAUGUCAAUGUAACAGCAGAUAAAAGUUCUAAUGAAGCCCAUGAAUUAAAAGACAUUUUUAGAACUCAAGGAACUGAACUUAUACGCCAACAGCUUGCUAAAUACAUAUCUGAUCUCAAAACUGAAUAUGGUCAAAACAUAAUUCUUCCAACAAAAUCUAGUGAUACAGCUCAGACAUCUCAACCUGUCCAUAAUAAAGAGAAUAAACCCAAACAAGAAUUAAACAAGUUUGUAACUAUAAACAAUGGUAAACAGCCUGAAGUAGGCGUUCGAAUUCACACAAAAACUUUGACCAUGUCUGAGUCUUUUAACUGUCAGGCGUCUGACCUCUAUAGGGCAUUAACAUACAAACCAAUGGUGGAAGCUUAUAUGGGAUCUGGCAUCACAUUUGAACCAAUCAAAGGGGAAAAAUUUUCAUUAGCUGGUGGUAAUAUAACAGGAGAAUUUGUUGAUUUGGUGCCUGACCAAAAAAUUGUCAAAAGGUGGCGAGUUAAAUCAUGGCCGUCUGAACACUAUUCUGAAGUAACAAUAGAAUUAAUAGACAAGGAAGGGACGACAACUUUAAACUUGAAGCAAACGGGCAUACCAGAAACUGAAAUUGACAAAACAAGAGAAGGGUGGAAAGAAAAUUAUUGGAAUAGAAUGAGACAAAUAUUUGGCUUUGGUAGUAGAAUUUUCUGACAUUUGUUUUUUGUACAAUGUAAGCAUUUAAUAUUUGGUACACCAUGCUUCAUCAUUUUUCCUGUGUGUUUGAUAUAGUAUGAAAGUUUUGAAAUUCACUCUUAAGUUAUCAAAAAAUUAAAUGAUUUUAAAAAUUUCAAUUUUUAAAAUACAAAAAAAAAAACUUUUUGCAGUAGCUUUAUCUUGAGUCACAUCUCUUCUGUACAUAAAUGGUAGUCAACAAGUAAAUGAUAUUGGCUGCCAGAAAUGUUUUUUAUGCCAUAUUUAAUAAAUUAUGUAAAGUCCAG